GUGAUGACUUCUGUGCCGCACUCAUCAUGUUAUGAGACAACCUGAGGAUAACUUACUCAGACGACGAUGGUGGUGGACGAGCGGAUCUGGCGGCUGUUUAAGCGCCACUGGCCCCAGACCGUCACGUACUGGUGCGUGUGCUUCAGCUACGGCCUGUGCAUCGCGUUCCUUGGGCCCACCGUCGUGGACCUGCAGUGCCAGACGCGGUCCACGCUGGAGGAGAUCACCUGGGUGUUCUUCGUGCAGCAGGUCUUCAUGCUAGUUGGCAUGGCUUUUGCAGGACUCUUUAAGAGAAGACUGGACCUCUCUCUGUGUGCUCUCUUCUGGAGCACCCUCCUCAUCUCCGUGGCGUUUUCCCUCAUCCCGCUCUGUUACAACCUGUCGCUGCUGGCCUUCGUCAUGGUGAUAGCUGGCAUGGCAAUGGGGGUGGUUGAAACCAUCACAAACCUGCAGCUGGUGAAGAUCUACCAGAAGGACUCAGCCAUAUUCCUACAGUUUCUGCACUUCUUCAUUGGCCUGGGUGCCCUGGUGGUCCCCCUGAUGGUCGACCCCUUCCUGUCUGAUGGCUGCUUCCUGGGCCAGAACCUGACCUCCAACGGCACCGCCGCGGCCCCCAGCCCCUACCACCCCUACGUGAUCCUGGAGCAAGAGAUGGCCUGGCGACAAAACAGCUCCCUGCAGCCGCCCCCCACCGAGCGAGCGGCCGCAAGCCGCAGCGGCCUGGCCUUCUGGGUCAUGGCUCUGGUCAACCUGCCUGUCCCGCUAGUAGUGUUCAUCUUGAUGUACAAAAAGCGCUUGCUGCCUUGCUCAAGGACCGGCACUCAUCUUCUGGACAGACGAGAACCUCAGGAGCCCGAGUCCUUCUCUUCAACGAGUCCACUGGAGGAACAACAGCAGUGUCCUGUUGGGUUGUUCAGGUGCUUUAACGUCAGCAAGCUGAGGGACCGGCCCCCCUUUUUCUUCCUGCUGCAUGUCCUGGCAGGAGCCAUCCUCUUCUGCACUGACGGCAUUAUAGGCGCCUACACUGCCUUCGUCUUUACGUACGCCGAAACCUCCCCGCUGAAGAUGAGUCAUUAUGACGCCACCUCGCUGACCAGUUUGUUCUGGGCCUCGGUGACCGUGGGCCGGCUGGCCUUUGUCUACCUGUCCUACCGCUUCCCUGCUGUGCGCCUCAUCCUGUUGAGCCUGCUGGGUGUUGUGAUAGUGCAGUCUCUGUUGCUGAUCUUCUACUACAGCAGUGUUUUCCUCUUCGUCGGCACGUGUUUGCUCGGCCUCUGCAUCAGCAGUGUGUUCCCCUGCAUCCUGGCCUACACCGAGGAGUUACUGGACUAUAAAGGGUGUGCUGCAACCGUGCUGGUGACCAGCGCUGGCACUGGAGAGAUGGUCUUACAGGUUAUAGUGGGUUCGGGGAUACAGCAUCGGGGCAGCUACGCCUUCCUGCUGUCUAACAUCAUUGUAGCUAUCCUGGCCUUUGGCAUUUUUAUAGUGCUCCUCUUCUUGCAUCAUCUACACAUCAAAUCUCAGAAAGAACCGUCCAAAGACGUCGCCGCAACAGACAUUCAGAGGUCAGGAGGCCCCUGACAGCCAGCACAAGUCCUCAAAAGACAAAACACAUGGGUUAUUUUUGUUAUUUUCCAUGUUUCAUGCCCAUUAUUUGUAAUAAAUGUAUCAUGCAGCAUACAAAAUGGUCAUCUAUGGGGUGAAUGUCAAAGAACAACUUUUAUCGAAUUGUUGCAUUAUAUUCCACUUUGCUGUGACUCAGAAAAGUAUCCCUGACAAAAAUGACGAGCACUAAAUCCAUUUUUUAUGGUUGAUAAGUAUUUGUGGACAUGACUCAGGAGGAGCUGGGAAGUGACUUUUGUGGUCACAUAUUAAGGGUGUGAUUGUAAUUUAUUAGCCUGGCACGAUUCGGGUUGAGCUCUUAAGAAUAACUCCAUUGGCCAUUCCAAGUGGCCAACGGAGAAAUGUACUUUUUACUAUCUCUUCAUAUAACUUUCAUUCAGGAGACAAAUAUCUCCAAAGGGACAUUUUCAGAUCAUUAAGGAGCAGCUAGGCCCUAAGCAGCUUAAUCUAUGAUGUUUACAGGCUGACUGAUAUUGGGAUCAAACAAGGAACCUCUCAGCAGGGAGUCGACACUGAAGCAAUCCACUAUCCAGCCCUCAACCAGGAAGCUUUCAACAAAAAGGCUAUGUAUUCACUAUUCAUUCUACUUUCAAGACUAAAACAUGAGGAGAUUUGGUUCCUUUUGCAGCUCUUCUAAGACCUCUUGAUGUCGACCUGUUGAGAGGUCUAUUAACGUUGGAUAUUGUAGUAAUGGGACACAAUGGCUGAGAACUUGUGUUUAAUCACUCAUAUAGAGUAGAAAUAGCUAAAUGCUCCUUUUCACGCACAUGUCAAUAUGGCACGUCAGCUGGUAAACAUUUAAAACUUAACAAGAAAGAGAACUGGACAAAAGUAAUGAAGUCAUUUCUUUUCAACAAAUGUAAAACUUUUUUUGUUUUUUACAUCGAAAAAGGGAAAGUUCACGGAAAUAUGAACAGUCAACUAUAUUAUUGAAUCAAACAUGCACUUUGUACAACAGAACGGGCAUUGAAGAUAGGUAUCAUAAUCAUCUUACGGCUAUUUGAUCGUUUCUUUUAAAUAUAAUGCAAAAGUACAAUAUAAUCUAACAAUUUUAUUUAAAUAGAUAAAAUAGGUCAAAGCUUGUUUCCGGCCAUACACAACGUGUCAAUGUAAAUCUAUACGGUAACAUUUUUAUAAAAAGUUGAAUUUGAACGUUUAUCUUUAGCGUAUAAAGUUCUUUGUGCAUAUUUAUAGCCUACAUUGGUUUGGAUGGUAUACUUCUGGCUCCAAUGUCAAAAUCUACCAACAGCAUCGUUUAACCUGAAUACAUUCUUUAACUUCUAGAAAAAGUGAUUCAAAUCCAAUACUACAGGAAUCCCAAAAUAUCAAGUGUAAACGCUCCGAACGCUGCAUUUACAAUAUGUAGGAUAGCAAGCUAACAGCAUCGAAACAGUCUAAAGAGAGCCGGAACAAAAGGACUGAGAGAGGUUUGAGUCCUGGCCGCCGGGAGACCUACAUCUCCCCUUCAGAAGCCAGUGGCUACUCUCACACCAUCAACAUGACAUUCAGGAAAACACAAGCUGACAACACGGCCGCACAUCAGAGAGUUAAGACUGGCAACAGAAACCCUGGCCGAGCCACCACUUCCCUAGCUGGGCUUUACAAAAUCAAAACACCAAGACACACACAGUUUUGAUUCAAAAAACGUUAUUGAGUACAUGUGGCACCACACAGAUAAAUGCAGGAGAUAAGGGGGGCAGGGACAUGAAUCUUCAUUAUGGAAAUAUGCUGCCGGCAUAUUGCUGAACAAUUGAUCCGUUAAGUGCACAACACAUGAGCUGUGUUGUAUGAAGGUAAUGGCCUAUUUCUGCUGGAAAGAACCAAAAAAAGGGACCAGGUCCACUGGUUCUGGUUUGGUCGAAGCAACAACAUGUGUGUGCCAUAUGAACAACCUAAUAGACAAUAACAUACAAAUAUAGGUUGUCAAUAAACUCUUCCAUGGCAAUUUGAUCAGAGGAACUACACUAUAUGGGGGUUCGGGAUGUCGCUUUGGGAGAAAGUCUGUGUUAAGGCAC